CCUUUUAUUGGGCUCGAUGGCGAGCCCGGAUAAUACGAAGCCGAAAGCGAGAAGUUCAGAAUCAGUGACUGGUUUGUGGGUGAAAACCGUGUACCCUCCGGGAAGGUCAGCGGCGGGGUCGGAGGCCUUCCGACCGGCAUUGGCCUUGCGUAGGCGAAGAAUCUGGGAGUUUCUACAACACAAUUGCGGAUGGCGAACGACAGUACCAGCAUAGAAUCGAACUCAGAGCUUCAAAAAAUAAGCCAAGUCAUUGGAAGCGGUUUCAAUGGUAGUUGGGAAGAGAAAUGGCAACAAGGAUUAACUCCAUGGGAUUUGGGAAAGGCAACACCUAUAAUUGAACACCUUCAUCAGGCUGGAGCCCUUCCCAAUGGCAGGACUUUAAUCCCUGGUUGUGGCCGUGGAUAUGAUGUGGUAGCAAUUGCAUGCCCUGAACGUUUUGUUGUGGGGUUGGACAUAUCAGACAGUGCUAUCAAGAAAGCAAAAGAGUCAUCUUCCUCAUCAUGGAAUGCAAGUCAUUUUAUCUUUUUAAAGGCAGACUUCUUCACUUGGAAUCCAACUGAGUUGUUUGAUCUGAUUAUUGAUUAUACGUUUUUUUGUGCAAUCGAACCAGACAUGAGACCGGCAUGGGCCAGCCGAAUGCAACAAUUGUUGAAACCAGAUGGAGAGCUCUUGACACUGAUGUUUCCGAUCAGCGAUCAUACUGGUGGACCCCCAUAUAAAGUAUCUAUAGCCGAUUAUGAAAAAGUGUUGCAUCCAAUGAGAUUUAAGGCAGUUUCGAUUGUGGACAACGAGAUGGCCAUUGGAUCUCGCAAGGGAAGAGAGAAACUUGGAAGGUGGAAGAGGACUGACGAGCCCUUGCUGUGAAAAGCAACACCAUUUGCUGACAAGAAGUAUUCGAGAGAGUUGGGAACUUCUAAGUAUAUUCUGAAUAAAAUUUGAAUUUCUUCCUAUGAUAAGUUGCUGCAUGCAAAUGUUUAUGUAUUGCAGGUGUGCCAUCAAGAUUUUUGCCUUACUAAAUCGUUGUUUGAUAACCAAAAACUUAUGAUAAGCUAUAAGAAUUCUAUGGGGGAAUAGGACAAUGAAAAAGGAUCCAUUUGAAGGGUGAACGAACAACUCAA